AUGGACGAAUUGCCCCUCCUGGAAUUGACGCCAACGCAGGCUCAUUUCCUCAAGAAGUACUUGUUGGAGCAGCAGCUUCUGAAAGAGUUGCUGGUGUUGAAUGAGCCAAAUUGCUGUGAACUACUAGGACUUCCAUUCAAGUGCGAUAAGCCUUCAGCAUCAGCUCGACUUCCCUUGUUGAGGUUCUUUUUUAGAGAGUUUGUGGUCACUUUCCCACUAAUCACCAAUAACGAGCAAAAGGAACAACGACGAUUCUGGCAGGAGGUGGUGCAGCCGUUCGUGGCCAGCUUCAACUCAAAGGAAUUGAGCGGGUCCGACGAGAGAAAGUCCAGCUCAAAGAGGAGGAAAGUCAACAAUCGCUUGCUAUCGCUUGUUCUAUUGUUUUUUAACUCGACGUUUGUUGUGGAGGGAGAAAUGACAUACCUCCGUCAAGACCAUUUGAAGGCGUCCGAUACAGCAAAACUAGAUAAAUUCAACAUCCAGAAGCAAGAUGCGCAUGAAAUAGUCGGUUUGACAGACUAUAACAGGAUGAGUUUCCACCAUGGUGUUGCGAUAAAUGUAGUGGCAGUGAGGACGGUGGAGAAUGAACAGCGUUCUUGGUUUUCGCUGCAAAAGGGGCAGCACAACUACGAGUUUAUCAUCCACAUUGUCUUGAAGAAUGAAAAAGAGCCACGAGGGCACCGAGCUCUAUUUGUCAACAAGUACUAUGGCCAGUUCCGAACGUUGGAGACGGAGUUGAAGAAGGAGUUACCGGGAGUGAUGUCUACUAUCAUCCCACCACUUCCACUCAAGGAGAAGCACGACGACGGCUUUGAUGAGGCGGACGCUCAAGGCGUCUUGGCAAGAGAGAAACUGCGCAUGGCAUUGCGUGGCUACUUGCGAGAGUUGAUCAAAAACAAAGAGGUGACAAACUCUUUUGCCUUUCAAUCGUUUAUUCUGACCAACUUGACCAAAAUGUUUGAUUCAGACAUGCGUGAUUAUGAGGAGCGGGUAAAGCACGAGUUGAAUAUUUUGCACACCCAAGUGGAGUUUCAAAAGCAGACCACAGCGGUGAUGACCGAGCUAAGCAAAAACGUGGACCAGAUGAAGAGCCAGCUUAUAAAGAAUCCAAACACGAUAACGAGCAUUUUUGAAGAAAUAAGCUCGACCAAGACUAUCAAAGAGGCAUCGCCGCUUUUACGGACUUUUAACGAUUGGGGUAAGUUGGAAAUCGCAGCAACUGUGUACCAGUUGUUCUUGGGACAGGACAAUUGCAACGAGUUUUACCACAAGGUAAGGAAGUUCCACCGCCUUUUCCCCUAUAGCAUCAUCUACGCCAUUUUAAGAUUCACAAACCCAAUGAAGAUGAUCACCCGGAUUGUCGACGUAUUGUUUGUCAAUAUUCCUCGCUUGCCCACUUGGAACAAAGAGUUGAACGACCAUUCCAAGCAAACGGGAGCGCGGAACUUGAUGGCUAUCAUAUUUGUGUCGCUAUUGAAUGAGGACUUGAAUGCUUUUGAGAAGGAAACCGCGGAGCUCAGGAAACAGUUGGUUGGCUACGAGUUGUACUUGCAAAGGAUUGACGAGUUUACCAAGUUGUCCAUUAACGAGGUGCAGGAUAUAAAGGAAGAAGCAAGUGCUGCUUCGGAGGACUACUUUCUAACCAUUUUGCAAACCUCGUUGAUAGAGAAGCCGCCAGUGCCUCCAGACUCAAAUAAGUCAGGCUUCGCGGAGAUUGUCGAAUCACAAAGAAACUUUGACAGGGGAGGCGCUAUGGAGCAGCUGCUCUUGUACUUGAACCUCAAACAGUACUGGCAACUUAAAGUCAGAACUCGGGACAAGAAUCUCCUCAAGCAGUUGUGGGAGGAGCCCGAAAUGACGCAGCUUUUGAAAACAUUCCUUCAAGUGUUCUACAACCCGGUGAUGCGGGUUUUUGCCAAAAGCAACAUCCACAAGGCAUUUGCAUCGGCUGAGAAGUUGAUUGAUGAUCUAUUGGCCACCACCUCGGAGAUUCGGGAGGAGCAGUACUAUUUGAGCCCGUUGGAGAUAUAUGACCGGAUCAAGGACGUGUUGGAUAAGCACGAGGACCUCUUGUGGAACUUUUUGCAUGACGUGUACGCAAACGACGACCAGCACGUUUUUCUCAAGUUUAUCCAGUGGAUAGAGAAGAUUUUGACGAUGAUGAGGGUUAAGUUUGACAAUGAGCAGGCAGCAACGCUUAGCAUCAGGAUUGCCAACGUCAACAAGGAGCUCUUUCUAAGGCAAUUGGAUGCAAUGGCACAUGCAACUUUGGAAAAACGCCGCUUGUUCAAGGAGUACUUGGAGUCCAAGAAUGCGCAGCAAGAGCAGAUUAACCGGAACUGGGACGACAUCAACAACAACGUGUUUGGGAACCCCUUAUCUGGGGACUUUGGCUUUAGUCCCGAGGACUUGCAGGAUGUCAACCAGGUGACUCUCGAGGACAAGUUGUUGGAGACAGAGCCUUCCACGCUUGAGAAGGAUUUGAUUGCGAAAUUGAAUGCAUUGAAAACCGAUGCUGGUACAUCGGAGUUGGACAAGGUGAAUAUCGAGGAGGAUGCUGCAUUUCAAGUGGAGAAACUCGAAGAAUAUGUAGGGAAAGCUUAG